AUGCCCGGGAAACUUGUUAGUUGGCCGGCCUGGCAAGAGUUUGAAACUCCCCCGAAGGGCGUUUCUGAAGACACCUUCACAUUCUCCCCCAAGGCUAAAGCGGACGUCAUCGCACAGUAUGGUGAAGAAGCACUCCGCAAAGGUUGGCUUAAGGUCUGCAAAGAUCUCGAGGCUGUUACUGAGAGGCUGAGCUCGCUUGGGAGUGAGGCUGUUCCCGUUUUGGACAUGAAGGAGAUCCGUGAUGGCGGGCUUUCGGAUGCCAGACGAUCGGAGCUAAAAUCCAGUGGUUGCUGUAUCGUGAGAGGUGUGAUCGAAGAAGGGGAGGCGACGUCAUUGUUCAAAAACCUGAAGGGCUUUGUGGCCGCGAACAAGGACAGCAUCAGUGGCUGGCCUAUAGAGUCUCCUGCGAUGCUCAGGCUAUACAAUUCCCCAACCCAGAUUGCAGUCAGGACGCACCCUAACCACAUCCUGUUGCAAAGAACAUUGAACUCCCUCUUUCACGAUGAGUCUGGAGAAACAAGCCCCGAACCACUCAGCUAUACAGAUGCAGCGCGGAUUCGCCCUCCCGGACAAGCCUUUUUGGGUCUCGGACCCCAUAUUGACGCCGGAAGUCUGUGCCGUUGGGCAGAUGCGCAAUACCGCCAAGUAUAUGACAACAUCUUCUCUGGUUAUCCCGAACUUCAUGACGCCUACGACCUCAACGUCCGCAAGGAUGCCGAUCAAUUUCUGUUCAAGGCCAACGCUCACUCUGUCGUUUUCCGUGCCUUUCAGGGUUGGACGGCAUUGACGCCAACAUCAGCUGGUUGUGGCACGCUGAUGCUCUACCCCGAAGUCUCGACGGUCAUUGCCUAUGUGAUGCUGAGACCUUUCUUUGCCCCACCAGAAAACCGGGAGGAUAUCAUGGAUGCCAGCAAGUGGACAUUUGACCCCAAGUCUAGCUGGCUUCCUGGCACUAUGACGGACCAAAGCCAGCGACUGAGUACGAGCUCCCAUCCCCAUCUUCGGCUGGAAGAUUGUCUUGCGCACAUUCCGCCAAUGAACCCUGGCGAUACAGUCUGGUGGCAUACAGAUAUGUGCCACGCUGUCGAUCCUGAGCACCAGGGUGAUCAAGACGCCAGUGUAGUUUAUGUGGCCGCAUGCCCGACUACCCCUCGAAACAAGGAGUAUAUCAAAGAGCAGCUGCAGGCGGCGCUAACUGGACAAGGUCCUCCGGAUUGUCCGAAUCUCGUCGUUGACGAGUCCAAAUUUAAAGGAUAUACGGGAUUUUCUGGUGUUUCAGAAGAAGGAAAGAUUGUGUUGGGAUUUCCACUUCUUUAA